AUGAAGUGGCCCCCUCUUCUGACCUUCCUGUGCCUCCUGGUGGUCCUGGCUGGCGGGAACCUGGUCCAGUUCGGGGUGAUGAUCGAGAGGGUGACCGGGAGGCCCGCACUGCAGUACAAUGACUACGGCUGCUACUGCGGCGUCGGCGGCUCUGGCUGGCCGGUGGACAAGACAGACUGGUGCUGCUACGCCCAUGACUGCUGCUACGGACGCCUGGAGGAGCUGGGCUGCGAACCCAAAAUGGAGAGGUACCUCUUCUCCGCCACCAGGCUCAGCAUCUUCUGCGCCGGCAGAACCAGCUGCCAGCGACGGACCUGCGAGUGUGACAAGAAGGCCGCGCUCUGCUUUCGCCGCAACCUGGGCACCUACGACCGCAAAUACGCCCAUUACCCCAACAGGCUGUGUACCGGGCCCACCCCGCCCUGCUAA